UCGUCACGCCACCUGCCGGGUCACGUGACACCUCCCACCGACUGACUGGUGACGCAACAGAAUGAUGACGUCACUGCCCCCUCCCGCCCCCGCCCCCUCUCCUGGCUGGGGGGCGCCCUUCUCCUCCUCCUGCUGGCCUCUUCCGGCUCAGGCGAGUGUGACUUCCCAGCGGAGUGGACCGGGCGCUGGUUCCGAGCUGGCAUGGGUCAGGAAGGGCCCGUGGUGAUCACUGGGGGCUCCAUCUCCAAGACAGGCAUCUGUAUUGAGCACGGGAAGGCCAGCCGGUUCCUGGUGAAGGAGGAGCAAUACAACUGUCACAAGUGUAUGGUGAUCAGUAUGAAGCAUCCCAACGUUAUACAGUACAAGGAGUCGUACUGUGACAACACGAAAGACUUGCGUAAGCUGUGCGAGGCCAUCACUGGGGACGCUAUGUUGUACUCAAUGUUCCGACUGGGCGCAGAGCCGGUCACCUGUCCCUUCCGCGGCCCCCUCACCUUCACCUAUUCAAAAGGGUACGAGGUGUGCUCCUCCCCCGUGUCACAGGUGGACUCCUGCUCAGAAGACUACCGCCUGCUGUUCCGUCACCAGGCGUGUCCAGACGUGCCUGCCUCAGAGAGUUUGCUGGAGGAGCUGGUGUGCCUGGGGUGGUGGAAGGAGGGGUCAAACCACUACCUUGUGGGGAAAGUGGACCACAUCUUUGCCAAGUCAGACGAGGACCGCUACCGCUGCUUCAUCUACGACCACCCACGCCACCAGGGGAACACACAGACGUGGAGCCUUGCACAGAGCGCCGACGCCACCUGCCAGGGCCUCAUAUCGGCUCACGAGGGCAGCAAGACCAUGACCCUCACCAAAAUGACUCACAGUGGGCACAAAUGCCGCUUUCCCUCGUGGCUGGCCGAGCACCGUCACUGGCACACACUGGACAAUUCCCAGAGUUACUACGUGUACCACAAGAACACGUACCUCAGGAUCAGCAACGGUACAGCGGUGCCUGAGAACGUGGAGACACGUGGACAGACGGACAUUCGCCUCGUGUGUCACCGAUAUGAGGGGCAUCACCACCACCACACAGACGCCCCCGCCUCCUCCACCACCACCACCACCGAUGCCGCCCCCACAGACCACCGCACACACCACCACCGCGACCAGGACGUCGUCACCAUCAUCGCCCACGUCACUGUUGGAUGCAAGAGCGGGUACCAGUGUCUGCAGCUGUACCGGCGUGACAUGCGGGUGGUGCAGGUGAGGUCAGGUGAGCUGGCCUACUCAGCAGAUGAGGCUUGCUCCCCCCACUACUGGUCUCCCACCUCCGCCAACCUCACGACCCUGGUGGCUGUGGGGGGUCCGCCCGGCCCCUGUGGUCCCUUCGGCAGGUACACGGUGGCUCACAGUGUGCUGCCCUGCGCGGGAGAGGCGCCCACCUACACACACAUGACGGUGGGCUGCAAUUCCGAGGCACGCAACACUCUGCAACUCAAGUCCUCGUGCCCUGAGGAAAGUGUGUAUGAAUUUCACUGCAACGGUCAGUGGGAGAGUGAGGGCGUGACUUACGUGGUGGCCUCCCCGAUGAGCCGCGCCUCCGGAGGGCCCCGCCGCGUAUGCUUCGCCUACAGUGUGGUGUCGCCGCCGCCCUCUCACAGCCACUCCCGCCCCCACACCCUCACCAUCACCGCGCGCCACGACACCUGCAUCCCGCGCCAGCACGACGCACACAUCGCCAUCAACGCCACGCUAGCAGGCCAGUGCGUUCAGUCAGCCAGCAGCGUGAGUAGGGCAGGGGGCAGCAGGGGGGUCAUGGGGGGAAAAGCGCCCCUCUUCCUCCUCCUCCCCUUCCUCCUCCUGCUGCUGCACCUCCACCAACAACACCGCCACGCCACCUCCCCCUUGUAGUUCACGGUGAAGUAGACAGAGGGAGCUAAAGUGAGAUGUUGUAGACAGAUGAAUAAUGUAGUCGGUGUGUGCGUGUGUGUGUGUGUGCGUGUAUGAGGGUGUGUGUGCGUGUGUGUGUUUUGUGUGUGUGUAUGUAUGUAUGUGUGUUUAGUAAUAAGGGCAGUGUCUUUCUUUUUUUUUCUCGUUUUUUGAAAAGCCUUGUUCACUUUUUUUUUUUUAACACAAGUGGAGUGUUUUAAGAAAAUGUUGUUAGUUAAUUAAAAAAAAAGGAAAAUAUCCCCGCCUCUGUAUUUGUAUAAAGAGAGAGAGGGAGAGACAAGACGGAAGUGAAUGAAAGAGGUGAUGUGAAGCGAAAAAAAAAGUGUGAAGGAAAUAAAAAAAAUAGAUGAAAAUAGAGAAAAGAAAACGGAUAUAUAUAAAAAAAAGAAAAGGACAUGUGAAAGUGAUGAUGGUGAUUUUUUCAAGACUAUAUUUUUUAGGGGUUUGUUAGUUAGUUAGUUUGUUUGUUGCUUAUUACUUAUUUUUCUUUGUUGUAUAUAUUCCCUUUUUUGCCAUGAUGCUGUAGUUAUUGAUGAUGAUGAUGAUGAUGAUGAUGAUGAUGAUGACAGACACACAAAAAGACAUUACAAUUCGGGAUUUUUUUUUUAUCUCUCUUUCUACCUGUUUAUUCAUCUUUAUCUUAAUUUCUCAUCUUUCUUAUCACUCAUUUUCAUUCCUUAUUCUUCUUACCUGUUAGUUCCUCAUUAUGUUGUUCCUAUUCGCGCGAUUUUAUUAAGGAUUUUGUUGAUUAUUAUUAUUAUUACUAUUAUUAUUAUUAUUAUUAUUAUUAUUAUUAUUAUUAUUAUUAUUAUUAUUAUUAUUAUUAUUAGUCUUUCUCAUCUUUUUCUUUUUAAUUAUCUCUCUCUCUCUCUCUCUCUCUCUCUCUCUCUCUCUCUCUCUCUCUCUCUCUCUCUCUCUCUCUCUCUCUCUCUCUCUCUCUCUCUCUCAUUCCUCACUGUUUUUAGGUUUAUACAUAUAGAUAUACAUAUGAAUAUAAAUAUAUACAUAAAUAUAUAAUUUGGUAUUUGUGUAUUGGUUAUAAGAUAGGGAAGGGGGUAGGUGUGGGAGACGGAGGGGGAGGGGAGGGGAGGGGCGGUACUGGCCAUGUGAUACUUAUGUAGAGGGGAAGGAGGGGGAAGGAGAGGUUUCUUUUAGGUAUGUUUUGGUUGAGAGAGAGAGAGAGAGAGAGAGAGAGAGAGAGAGAGAGAGAGAGAGAGAGAGAGAGAUGACUGUGUGUGUGUGUGUGUGUGUGUGUGUGUGUGUGUGUGUGUGUGUGUUAGUUUUCAUUCACUGGAUAGGAUUUCUCUUCAGUUGUUUAAUUUGUUCAUUCAUUAAUAUCGAUGAAUAAUGAGGAAAUGUCUGCCGGUAUGAACGCACACACACACACACACACACACACACACACACACACACACACACACACACACACACACACACACACACACACACACACACUAAUGGCAAUACACUUAAUAUGCCACUCAAGGAAUCAUACAGUUGCAUCUCUCUCUCUCUCUCUCUCUCUCUCUCUCUCUCUCUCUCUCUCUCUCUCUCUCUCUCUCUCUCUCUCUCUCUCUCUCUCUCUCUCUCUCUCUCUCUCUCUCUCUCUCUCUCUGUCCACGCACACACACCUUUUAUAACACUUUUACACCUUUGAGUUAUUUUUAGAAGUGUGUGUGUGUGUGUGUGUGUGUGUGUGUGUGUGUGUGUGUGUGUGUGUGUGUGUCACUGGGUCUCCGUCACAGGUGUAUAGAAGAUUAAUUAAGAAGAGGGGACAGGUGUAUACGGACCAUCAUUAGUGUGUGUGUGUGUGUGUGUGUGUGUGUGUGUGUGUGUGUGUGUGUGUGUGUGUGUGUGUGUGUGUGUGCGUAGCUUCAUCCCCAAGAUAAGCCUUAAUGACGUUCAUAUCGUGUGUAAAAGGGAAAAAAAAAGUCAUUGUAAAAAUAAAACAAACAAAAACAAGGAAGAGAUCUCAAGCUCAAGGUAGAGAGAGGUCAGGUGUGUGUGUGUGUGUGUGUGUGUGUGCGUGUGUGCGUGUGCGUGCGUGUGUGUGUGUUUGUAUAUGUGUGCCUGACAGGUGUGUUCUAUUUCCCGCUACAACUUCUGAUGUUCCUUUGAUUUCCUUACCUUACUCCUAAUCCCUCUUUUUUUUUUUUUUUUUUUCUCCCAUACACUCUUACAGUUCCCUUUAUUUUCCCUUUAAUCCCUAACCUAACCUGUUUUCCAGUGAUAUUUUCCCAUACAAUUCCUCUUUUUUUUUUCAUCCUUACCUUACCCUUAGUUAUCUUUCUUCUCCUCCUCCUCCUCUUGCUUUCCCUCUUCCUCCUCAACACACACCUGUUCUGGCCACUAAUUAGCACCGGAAGUGACGUCACAGAUCCAUAGCUUGUCCCACGUAAAUAUAAAUAACUAUAUUAGUUUCCGAGGCUCAUUGUGAUAAUCGUGUUGGGAUUUCAUAAGUGAACAUAAUAACUAAUAAUAAUAAUAAUAAUGAUAAUACUAAUAAUAAAUACUAGUCGUGUCUUUUUUUAAUUGUUGUUCUCAAUGUGUCGAUUUUUUCCUUCUUGUAAUUUUUUCUCACUCAAUGAUGUGAUUUUUUUAUAUAUACAUAUAUUUUUUAGUAUUUAUUAUUAUUUUUUUCUUUUAAUAUAAGGGUAGUUUAGUGUAACCGAGGGGAAUUUCUUGGAGACGCGCGUGGGUGUACAGGGCGUGAGUGUACUAGGCACUGGUGACCCCCCCGCGUGGUGAGGGUCAGGGGGGUGGGCGGGUGGCGUAGAUAAGGGUGGGGGCAUUCAGUACCCUGGAGCGAGUUAUUUGAGUGACCCCUGAAGGUUGUGUGCGUGCGGGUGAACAGAAAACGGGGGAAUGGCAAACAGAAAACCGGCUCGCGUGCGACAACUGACUACUACUACCGCAUAGAAAACGAAGACAUCCCUUUUGAAAUCGUCCAUUUUCAAGAAAACUAAACUUAUAGUAAUAAAAAAUAAAUAAGAUAAAUAUGAAGAAAUUAGUAAUUGUAAUGAUAAUAAUAUGUCUGUCUGUUUCCUCCCUAGAAGAAAAAAACAAAAAAAUCCGCCCUCAUAUCCAACAACCCUUUCUUUCCCCAGUUUUUCCCCUCCCUCCCUCCCUUUUUUACCCUUUCCCCUUCCCCUCUCCCAUCCCUCAAAAUACACACGUCCCUCUUUUUACAUUAACAUAAAUAUGAUAGAAGAAUUUUUUUUUCUUUUUCAUUUUUAUUUUACAUUUUUCGGGUAGAUAUUUUUUGGGCCCGUUUUGAGGGAAAUUUUUGUACAUCACAGAAAACGGAAUGUUGGUGGGGGGACUCUUGCCUCUCCCCGGAAUGACAUUUUUUACGGUGCCUUAACAAACUGGAAUGUUCUGCUACGACAAGAACCUUUCGUGGGGAAGUAGGAAAAUAUGAAUAAAAAAGGGGGAAAAAAUAAUAAGAUAAGAGAGGAGGAGAUAUGAGAAUGAGAAAGAGAGAGAGAGAGAGAGGGAUAAAAGAUGGGAGAAAAGCGUAGGAGGAAAAUUGAGAAGAGAUAAGAUGAAAGUAAGAGAAAAGGAUAAUAAAAAGUGUGAAGGAGGAAAAUCAAAUGAAAAGAAGCAGAAAGAGAGAGAUGGAAGUAAGAGAUAAUAAUGAUAGUAGGAAGUACGUAGGAAGGAGAUUAAUAAAGCAUGAAAGAAGAGCAAAGAAUAAGAAUAAAUGAAAAUACAAGUAAAAAAAACAUUGAAGGGACAAAUAAAUCAUGACUCGUAAUAAUGAAAAAAAGAAGAAGGAAAAAAAAUCAAAUAAGAAUAAAAUAACAUUGAAAAGCACGGAGAAGGAGGAAAAAUCAUGAAACACGUGGGAACAGAAAUUAGGAGGAAUGAAAACAGUACUAAAACAUAAUUAGAAGAUGAAAUAUAUAGAUAAGAAUGAGUGAAUAAAAGAAUAAGGGGAAAUUGAUAAGUGAGGGUGACAGUAGACAGUGCGAAGAAGGGAAACUGAUGCGAGAGAGAGAGAGAGAGAGAGAGAGAGAGAGAGAGAGAGAGAGAGAGAGAGAGAGAGAAUUACAAAA